AUGGUUGGCCUAGGGCCGAGUGAUCAAGGACGUGAUUCCUUUGAUGUGUGUAUGGUGGCACGUGAAACUACACCGAGUGCGGUCGGCCGUGAGAGCACCGCACUGAAUGUCGGUAAUGACAUUGUUGGCGAUACGCCGUAUAGUGUGGGCGGCCGUGAGGGCACCACACCUAAUGUCAGUAAUGACAUUGUUGGCGAUACGCCGUAUAGUGUGGGCGGCCGUGAGGGCACCACAUCUAAUGACAGUAAUGACAUUGUUGGCGAUACGCCGUAUAGUGUGGACGGCCGUGAGGGCACCACGCUUAACGCCGGUAAUGGCGUUGUUGGCGAUUCGCCAUAUGGUGUGGGCGGCCGUGAGGGCACCACACCUAAUGUCGGUCAAGACAAAAGCUCUCGUAUAGAGCGUCUCGAAGAGACAAUCGAGACGCCGGAUAGCAACUUUUAA